GAAAAAAUAAAUAUUGCUGAAAGGGAAGGCGUUACAGUGUCAUUAAUUCAUAUUAAAUAUUUCGCUAUACUUUGCUGCGUUUAACUUGAGUCGUGUGCAAAUAAAUCGCCUUCUGAUUGUGUAUGUAUGCCAAAACAAGGAUACUUUAUAAAAACAACAGAUUCGGCAAAGGAUAAGACCAUAACCAAUGGCCACUAUAGAUGGAAGACCGGCGCAAUAUGGUAUUUCACUUAAACAACUGCGCGAGCUCAUGGAGCAUCGUGGCCGUGAGGGUGUAAUUAAGAUUGCGGAAAUUGGUGGCAUUCACGAAUUAUGUAAAAAGUUAUACACAUCUCCCAAUGAAGGCCUAAGUGGAUCGAGAGCUGACGAAGAGCAUAGACGUGAAACAUUCGGUUCCAAUGUAAUACCACCGAAGCCACCAAAGACCUUUUUGACCCUAGUCUGGGAGGCUCUUCAGGAUGUGACCCUUAUUAUUUUAGAGGUAGCUGCAUUAGUAUCGCUUGGUCUAUCAUUUUAUAAACCCGCCGACGAGGAUGCGCCUGUGUUACAGGAGGAGGAAGAACACCAUGGUUGGAUUGAAGGAUUGGCCAUUCUUAUUUCUGUUAUUGUCGUAGUCAUAGUGACAGCUUUUAAUGAUUACUCAAAAGAAAGACAAUUUCGAGGUCUGCAAAAUCGUAUAGAGGGCGAGCACAAGUUUUCGGUUAUCCGAGGAGGGGAGGUGUGCCAAAUUUCAGUUGGUGAUAUUCUUGUUGGCGAUAUUGCUCAAGUUAAAUAUGGAGAUUUAUUGCCGGCUGAUGGGUGUCUUAUUCAAAGUAACGACUUAAAGGUGGACGAAUCGUCGUUGACUGGCGAAUCUGAUCAUGUCAAAAAGGGGCCAGAUGUUGAUCCCAUGGUUCUAUCCGGAACGCAUGUUAUGGAAGGAAGCGGAAAAAUGGUGGUUACAGCCGUAGGGGUAAACUCACAAGCUGGUAUAAUUUUUACGCUCCUUGGUGCGGCAGUUGACGAACAAGAAGCGGAAAUUAAAAAAAUGAAAAAGGAUGCGAAAAGGGCCAACAAGCAAAAGAAUCUGACAGGUGAAAGCGACGUUCGAUCGCAAAUAAAGGGGUCUCAAGCGCCAUCUCAACACCAAACAACCACAAGUGAGGUAACCAAAUCUGAGUCUGAAGGAAAUCAUUUGCCGCAAUCAUCGUCGUCAGCAGCGGCUGAGACAGGACAUAAAAAAGAAAAAUCUGUGCUUCAAGCUAAACUGACAAAAUUAGCUAUACAGAUUGGAUACGCAGGGUCGACUAUUGCCGUGCUUACAGUUAUAAUUCUGAUCAUUCAGUUUUGUAUUAAAACGUUUGUUAUUGACGAGAGGCCAUGGAAAAACACUUAUGCCAAUAACUUGGUGAAGCAUUUGAUAAUUGGUGUUACAGUAUUAGUAGUGGCCGUACCCGAGGGGCUUCCCUUGGCAGUAACCCUAUCUCUUGCAUACUCAGUCAAGAAAAUGAUGAAGGACAAUAACUUGGUUCGUCAUUUAGAUGCAUGUGAAACAAUGGGUAAUGCCACUGCCAUUUGCUCUGAUAAGACUGGUACACUUACCACCAAUCGUAUGACUGUUGUACAAUCCUACAUCUGUGAAAAAUUGUGCAAGGUUUUGCCAACCCUUAGCGAUAUACCACAACAUGUAGGAAAUUUAAUUACAAUGGGUAUAUCUGUUAACUCGGCUUACACCUCCAAUAUAAUGGCUGGGCACAACCCAGGAGACUUACCAAUUCAAGUUGGCAAUAAAACGGAGUGUGCUCUUUUGGGGUUUGUCCAAGGGCUUGGUGUGAAGUAUCAAUCUAUUCGAGACGAAAUUACAGAGGAUAAAUUUACACGCGUGUAUACGUUUAAUUCAGUUCGUAAGAGUAUGGGCACAGUGAUACCCCGUCCUAACGGAGGAUAUCGGCUGUAUACUAAAGGAGCUUCAGAAAUUAUUAUGAAAAAGUGUGCUUUUAUCUAUGGACAUGAGGGCACUUUGGAGAAGUUUACAAGAGAGAUGCAGGAGCGUUUAAUACGUGAAGUUAUCGAACCAAUGGCCUGUGACGGUUUGAGGACUAUAUCUGUAGCAUAUCGCGAUUUUGUGCCUGGCAAAGCCGGAAUUAACGAAGUGCAUAUUGAUGGCGAACCUAACUGGGAUGAUGAGGAAAACAUUAUGACAAAUCUUACGUGCCUCUGUGUGGUUGGUAUAGAAGAUCCUGUUCGUCCCGAAGUACCAGACGCAAUUAGAAAAUGUCAACGCGCUGGUAUUACCGUUCGCAUGGUCACUGGAGACAAUAUUAAUACAGCACGUUCAAUAGCCAGCAAAUGCGGUAUUUUGCGUCCCAAUGAUGACUUUCUUAUUCUGGAAGGCAAAGAGUUUAAUAGGCGUAUUCGGGAUAGCAAUGGAGAUAUUCAACAACAUCUUAUUGAUAAAGUAUGGCCCAAACUCCGAGUUUUAGCUCGCUCAUCCCCAACUGACAAGUAUACUUUGGUAAAAGGUAUCAUUGACAGCACCGUUAGUGAAAACCGAGAAGUUGUUGCUGUAACUGGCGACGGAACCAAUGAUGGCCCAGCUUUGAAAAAAGCCGAUGUAGGAUUUGCUAUGGGUAUAGCCGGAACAGAUGUUGCCAAAGAAGCUUCCGAUAUUAUAUUAACUGAUGAUAACUUUAGCAGCAUUGUUAAAGCUGUAAUGUGGGGUCGGAACGUAUAUGACUCUAUAGCUAAGUUUUUGCAGUUUCAGUUAACAGUAAACGUAGUCGCUGUAAUUGUUGCAUUUAUUGGUGCGUGUGCUGUGCAAGACUCACCGCUUAAAGCAGUACAAAUGUUGUGGGUGAACUUAAUAAUGGAUACAUUGGCAUCACUUGCAUUAGCAACAGAGUUUCCUACACCAGAUCUAUUGCUCCGUAAACCCUAUGGCCGUACUAAACCUUUAAUUUCCCGCACAAUGAUGAAGAACAUAUUGGGUCAGGCGCUGUAUCAGUUAAUAAUAAUAUUUGGACUGCUAUUUGUUGGCGAUGUUAUACUCGAUAUUGAAUCUGGACGCGGACAAGAACUAAACGCUGGACCAACACAGCACUUUACUAUUAUCUUUAAUACCUUUGUCAUGAUGACUUUGUUUAAUGAAAUAAACGCUAGAAAAAUCCAUGGGCAGCGCAAUGUCAUUGAAGGCCUUCUUACAAAUCCCAUAUUUUACACCAUAUGGAUAUUCACUAUGAUAUCACAGGUGUUAAUCAUCCAAUAUGGUAAAAUGGCUUUCUCGACAAAGGCGUUAUCAUUGGAUCAGUGGCUAUGGUGUAUAUUUUUUGGAAUUGGUACACUUGUCUGGGGACAGCUGAUUACUUCAGUGCCUACAAGAAAAUUACCUAAAAUAUUAUCGUGGGGUCGCGGACAUCCCGAGGAGUACACAGAUGGAAUGAAUUUGGGUGAGGAACGCUUUGAUUCUAUUGAUUCUGACAAAAAGCCUAGGGCUGGACAAAUUCUGUGGAUUCGUGGACUAACUCGCUUGCAAACACAAUUGCGUGUGAUUCGUGCUUUCCGUUCGACAUUGGAAGACCUAAAUGAACGCCGAUCGAUGCACAGUUUACAUAGCUUACGCAGUCCCCGUGCGGGUAUCCCAGUUGCAGUGGGCGGUGGUCACCCGUUGUACAAUUUUAAUCUACUGAACCCCAAUUACAUCAAGCACCAGCAACAACAGCAACCAAAACUACCAUCGCAGACUCAACACAACGUGUCAAGUGCCAUGCUGCCGCCGGACAUAUCUUAUAUUGACGAAGACCCGCAGCAGCAACAACGUACUUUGCACAACGGACUAACUUUCCAGCGCUCAGCAAUGCCCUCAGACGACCCUUCCUCGAGCCAAAGCUUCUCUAAAACUGCACAAACCUUACAACAAGAAAUACGUGAUAACAACGAAACUAAACAUUCCAAUGGACAGAAUGAGACUCGAAUUUAAACGGUUUUAGUGGGUGUUUGAAAUAUUGUAGCGUCCCAAUUAAAAUGAAUUUUGUAAUUCAUUUGAGGCACCAAAAAGUGGUUAAGCUUAAUAACAAUUCCAAAAAAGACUGGACAUGCUUCUUUAAACGCAAUCCCAAAUGAGCGACUCAACGUGUUUAAAAAAAUAUAUGAAACCACAUGCUUAUUUCGAAAAAGUUUUUCAAAAAAAAAGAGUAUGCGCCAUAAUUUUUCUAUUAAACUUGUUACUCUAAA